AUGACGAAGAAAGACAAGAAGUCCUUCCAACAGAGCCUGGCCGAGUGGAAGCUCUUCCUCUACAACCCGACCACCGGAGCGUUCCUGGGGCGCACCGCCAAGAGCUGGGGUUUGAUCUUGCUCUUCUACCUAGUCUUUUAUGGGUUCCUGGCUGCACUCUUCACAUUCACAAUGUGGGUUAUGCUUCAGACUCUGAAUGAUGAAGUUCCAAAAUAUCGAGACCAGAUUUCUAGUCCAGGACUUACGGUUUUUCCAAAACCAGUGACAGCAUUGGAAUAUUCAUUUAGUGCAUCUAAUAGAGAGUCCUAUAAAAAAUAUAUUGAAGACCUUAAGAAGUUUCUAAAGCCUUAUACUUCAGAAGCACAGAAGAAUCUCAGAAACUGCCAGGAUGGAGCCCUCUUUGAACAGAAGGGCCCAGUCUAUGAAGCAUGUCAGUUUCCUCUCUCCUUACUGGAAACAUGCAGCGGGGAGAGCGAUCCUGACUUCGGCUACUCAAAAGGACACCCUUGUAUUCUUGUGAAAAUGAACAGAAUAAUUGGAUUAAAGCCUCAAGGAAAACCAGCAAUAGAAUGCACUAGAAAUUCUAAGGGUGAAAACACAACAACUCUAGCAGUUUAUCCUUCUGAGGGAAACAUAGACUUAAAAUAUUUUCCAUAUUAUGGGAAAAAACUGCAUGCGAGUUAUCUACAGCCAUUAGUUGCUGUCCAGUUCAACUAUACUGCUAGCAGUACCCCAGAAGAAGUAACAGUCGAGUGCAAGAUUGUUGGAUCAAAAAACCUGAAAAACUAUGAUGAUCGUGACAAGUUUUUAGGACGAGUUGUUUUCAAAAUCACAAUGAGUGCAUAG